AAGGACCCAGUACGAAUAGGCCCAAGGCCUGAACCUCCUUCAGACAUAACCCUAAGGAUUAGGGUUCAUCUUAUUUGCACGUAACAUAUAGAUGCACUUUUGGUUUGAUGAUAAAAAGCCUUUUCAGAAUCGAAGCUUGGGGUUCAAAUUUGAUGGAAUGCGACUAUAUCGUCCUGAGGAUGCGUAGCCCACCGCCUGGUUUUCGAUUUCAUUUUCCAAAUAAGCUUCGUACCAGUUCGAAGUCACUGCUGGUUCCUUUCCGAUUAAAUUUUUCGUAUUGUGUUGCUCUAGAUGUUGUAGAAUCAAACCCCACCAGUGACUCGGGUUACUCCGAUAUCCGAAACUCGCCGAGUCGGUUUCGUGAAGGGUUUCGGAGAAAACCCAGAAAAGCAACUAUUCGUAAUUUGCCUAAUGCGGUGUUGUUGGGGGAGAAUAUUGAAAAGGAUGUAAGAAGUAAAGCACUGGAUUUGGAUAGAAUGGAGACCUUAAGAAGUUGUUCUAGGGUGCUGCGUACUUGUGCUUCGGAAAGGUCUUUGAAUGAGGGAAGGGCUAUACAUGGGCAGGUGAUCAAGAAAGGUAUAAACCCGGAUUCUCAUUUGUGGGUUUCAUUAAUUAAUGCCUACGCCAAAUGUGGGAGUCCCACGUGUGCGCGCCGGGUGCUUGAGGAGAUGCCUGAACGGGAUGUUGUGUCUUGGACUGCAUUGAUACAAGGGCAUGUGGCUGAAGGAUAUGGCUGUGAUGGUAUCAAUUUAUUUUGCGAGAUGAGAAGGGAAGGUGUGAGGCCCAAUGAGUUUACAUUGGCUACUGGGUUGAAAGCUUGUGCUAUCUGCAUGGAUUUAAAUUUUGGUAGACAGGUGCAUGCAGAAGCAACUAAACUCGGGUUAGACUCGGAUUUAUUUGUUGGGUCUGCUCUUGUUGACCUUUAUGCGAAGUGUGGUGAGAUGGAACUUGCAGAUAGAGUGUUCUUUUAUAUGCCUGAGCAGAAUGAUGUCUCAUGGAAUGCCUUGCUUAAUGGCUAUGCUCAGGUGGGUAGUGGGAAAGAAGUAUUCAAACUGUUUUCUAGAAUGAGAGAAUCAGAAAUGAAGUUCAGCAAGUUCACCUUGUCUACUGUCCUCAAGGGUUGUGCUACCUCAGGGAACUUGAGAGAAGGCCAGGUGGUGCAUUCUGUGGCAAUUAAAAUCGGGUGCAAACUAGAUGAAAUUUUGGGAUGUAGUCUUGUGGAUAUGUAUUCUAAGUGUGGGCAGGCAUGUGACGCACUAAAAGUAUUUAAAAUGAUCAAAGAUCCUGAUGUAGUAGCCUGGAGUGCAAUGAUCACUUGCCUUGAUCAGCAAGGUCAUAGCCUAGAAGCAGUUAAGCUAUUUUUGUUGAUGAGAUGUGCUGGUGUACGACCAAAUCAAUUUAGCUUUGCAAGUCUUAUUAGUGCUGCCACUGAUUUGGGAUACCUGAAGUAUGGUGAGAGCAUCCAUGCUUGUAUAUUCAAGUAUGGGUUUAAAAAUGAAAUCUCAGUUAGCAAUACCUUAAUUACAAUGUACAUGAAAACUGGAUGUCCACAAAGUGGGGCACGGGUGUUUGAGGAAAUGACAGAUCAUGAUUUAGUUUCAUGGAAUGCCCUUUUAUCGGGUUGCCAUGGCUUCAAAACCUGUGAUCUGGGACCAAGAAUCUUCUGUCAGAUGCUUGUAGAAGGUUUCAUGCCGAACAUGUACACAUAUAUAAGUGUUUUAAGGGCCUGCUCUAGCCUCUGGAAUCUAGGCUUUGGGAGGCAAGUACAUGCGCAUAUCAUUAAAAACAGCCUUGAUGGUAUUGAUUUUAUUGGGACAGCUCUUGUUGACAUGUAUUGUAAAAGCAAGUGCUUGGAUGAUGCAGAUGUAGUUUUCAAUAGGUUGAUUAAUCGAGACCUCUUUACUUGGACUGCCAUCAUCACUGGUCAUGCGCGAACUGAUCAAGCAGAGAAGGCUGUUAAGUGCAUCAAUUUGAUGCAACAAGAAGGUUUUAGGCCCAAUGACUAUACUCUUGCCAGCUGUUUAGGUGGUUGCUCCCAUAUAGCUGCACUGGAAACUGGGCAGCAGCUUCAUUCUAUGGCAAUUAAGGCUGGGCAAGUUGGAGAUGUGUUUGUUUCCAGUGCAAUUGUUGAUAUGUAUGCAAAAUGUGGGUGCUUAGAAGAUGCUGAGGCAAUAUUUCGGGGUUUGGUUUUACGGGAUGUUGUAGCAUGGAAUACAAUGAUAUGUGGAUACUCACAUCAUGGAUAUGGACAUAAAGCUCUUGAAACCUUUUGGACAAUGUUGGAUGAAGGCGCCGUGCCAGAUGAGGUUACCUUCUUAGGGGUUCUUUCUGCAUGUAGCCGCAUGGGUUUAGUUGAAGAAGGUAAAAAACAGUUCAACUCAUUGAGUGAAGUUUUUGGUAUUACUCCUACAGUUGAGCAUUAUGCUUGUAUGGUGGAUAUUCUUGGUCGGGCUGGAAAAUUUGACGAGGUCGAACACUUUAUCGAGAAGAUGGAGCUAUCACCACAUGCCUUGAUUUGGGAAACUGUUCUUGGGGCUUCUAAAAUGCAUGGAAAUGUGGAAUUUGGUGAAAAAUCUGCAAAGAGACUUUUUGACCUUACACCUGAGGUUGAUUCUAAUUACAUAUUGCUAUCUAACAUUUUUGCAUCCAAAGGUAGGUGGGAUGAUGUAAAAAACGUAAGGACAUUAAUGUCCAAACGGGGUGUUAAGAAAGAACCAGGAUGUAGCUGGGUAGAGAUCAGUGGUCAAGUCCAUAUUUUCGUGUCUCAAGAUGGUUCACAUCCAAAAAUCAGGGAUAUUCAUUUAAAACUAGAGGAUCUCAGCCAAAAACUAACCUCAGCAGGUUAUGCCCCAAAAAUGGAACAUGUACUUCAUAAUGUCACUGACAAAGAGAAAAAGGAGCAUCUUAAUCAUCAUAGUGAAAGGUUGGCUCUUGGUUUUGCCCUUAUAAGCACCAAACCUGCAAAGAAAAUCAGAAUUUUCAAAAACCUACGCAUCUGCGAGGAUUGCCAUGAUGUUAUGAAGUUCAUCUCAGACAUCACAAAUCGGGAAAUAGUUGUUCGUGACAUUAAUCGGUUCCACCACUUUAAGGAUGGCGCAUGCUCCUGUCAGGAUUAUUGGUAAAAGCGGAAGCUUCAGAGAUAUUCAUUCACCCUUUCUGCAAUUGUUCACCCCAAUGCUGUAACCGGACAGGCAGCAGUACUGUGAUUGGUGACGAUCUUCCUGGAUGUACGGCCAUGGGAUCCAACAACAUUAUGGGGCAUUGUGCUGUGGUUGGCAUUAAGUGCCAAGGUUUGAUGUACAAGGAUUACUACUCAUUUAUGUCUAUCAUUUAGCCAGGGGAUGAAUGUUUCCUUGAUGUUGGGGACAACAAUGUGAUUAGAGAGCAUGCCUCAAUCCAUCGAUCUUGGAAUUCAAGUGAUAGGAUGGACCAUGCUCACACUCAGGUGCCAUCGUUGUUCAUCAAUCUUCCAAGUUGGUUCUUUCUCUUUUAUUGGUGGAGUUCUGUGGUAAUGACAUCUUUUCAAUUUAGGUCUUGAGUUUUCAUAAUGCCCUUUCCGUUUAUGUAACAAGGAACCCAGCACAAGUGUUGGAGUCCAACAUGGAGACUGGUAUCACUUCCAGAAAGUGUCUAGCACCUACAUAUUGAUGUGUCGAACACUUGAAAAAAUCUGAAGGCGGAGCUUUUGGGUUGAAUCUGGAGGGUCUUUGGCAUCGUGGAUUCACAGUUGUGGAGAUGAAUAGCCUGAGAAUGGCUUAUUGAAAGAUGUUCAUGCCUGGUGAUGCAAAUUCAAAUGGUUCUGAAGACGUCUUGUUGAAGUGGUAUUAUCUCCCACUCUCAGUCGCCCUCUCUUACUCAAAGCUUACAUGUAAUAUGGGCUAAAAAUAAUGCAGGAUCGUUAUGAGAAUUGGCUUGUGUGCCUGCUGUUUGUUCCAUGGUGCUGUCUAUUCAUGUGGAUUAAUUGGAUUAAUUUCAUAUCUGCACUUUAUCUAAAACAUAGUCUAAGGCACCUAAUUGGUGGUAGUGACACUGUUGUAGACUAUGCUGGAAUGUGAAAACUCUCAUGUGGAUCUUUAGGAUGAUUUUUUAUGAAGGUUAUAUCUGUAGCCAUUCAGUUGAUCUUUUAGAAGAAUUCUUAUAUUGGUGAAUGCUGUUGCGGAGGGAAGUUACUGAUUGAAGGAGAUUAACCGAAGAACGCAAUCUAUCUUUAUGAACUACGCCUUGAAGCACGGCAGAUUGCAGAAAUGGAUCUAUUUCUUGUAAUUCCAGAGAUUUUGACUGUUCUGCAUAUUGUAAUGGCGUGGUGUUUUUAGUACUCUAACUGUUACAUGUAUGUGCUGUCUUUAUCCAUUCUUUGAUUAAUGAUUAUUCGACAAGCCAUGCUAGAUUUUUGAUUUCCAGAAA